CGGUCACGGAAGCAUUCGAACCAGCGAACUAUGAUCACGCCAAAAAGCUGGUAGAUCUCUACUACUCCGCGGUCGACAACUUGACGAAAGAGAUGAAAAAUGAGUACAGAAAGCACCUCAACGCAAGGGCCUUUUGCAAGCCACCCGACAGCUCCUCUCCUACAGUUCACCCUCUCUUUCGGUCGAUCGCCAUCACGCUGGAGUUCACAUGGCCGAAGUGGAUGAUCUUGGCGACUCUCUAUGGUCCGAACCAUCCAGAUCUUGCGAUGAUGAGGAGUGUAAUGGUGAAUGAGUUUGGCCAAGCCGAUGACCUGACCGCGAUCGACUUGAGAAAGCAUGAGGAAGAUGCUCUCGAGACUUGCCAGGACGAGGCUGCUCUCAACGUGGACGACUUCUUUGAUCUUCUCGACGAUGUGUGCGAGGAUGGCACAGCAAAAAGUGACAAUGGGAAGAUGGAGACCAGCAUGAGCACACCUGCCAUAGUCCAUUCAGCUCUCAGCGUCCCUGUUGAAAGUGAUGGGCCGACAAUUCUACAAAGAGCGACUGGGAGUAACAAGGACAUGUUGCAGCAAGAUGCGACGACCCAUUCUUCCUCCUCGUUCGCCACCGCACCUCAGGAGCCGGAGACACUGGACACUCUUCGCGUCAAAUCGAACCUACCUCCGAGAGAAUCUUCAUCGACUCAGAGCGAGCCCCAAACUGUUUCUCUUUCGGAUUUUCAGGCUCUCUCCCAGCAAAUGAAGGCGCUGGAAACAAAGAUGGCCUCGGACACUUCGGUUUUACUGAACCAGCGAGUGAAGGUGCUGGAAACACACAUGGAUUCCGACACUUCCGUUUUGCUGUAUCAUCGAGUGGAGGCCCUCGAAACUCAUCUGGAUUCAGAUACUACCACUUUACUCAACCAGCGAGUGAAGGCACUUGAAACGAGGAUGGCUUCUGAAACCUCGGCCUUGCUGGACAAGCGAAUUAAGGCGCUUGAAACAAGGAUGGAUUCUGAUACUUCGUCUUUGUUGGACCGGCGAGUGAAAGCACUGGAAACAAAGAUUGCUUCCGGCCCUUCGGCUUCGCUGAGCCAGCAAGUAGGCAAGCUAGAAUCGAGGCUGAAUGCCGUCAAUUCCGGUUUGACGGAGCAACUAAAAGCCCAUCAAAAAUCCAUCUCAAUCCUCAAAGACGGAGCCGAUUCUGAACGAGACUGGAUUAACGAUCAACUAGACAAAAUUAAAGGCCGUCUCGACAAGAUAACCAUUCGUCUCGAUCGAGUUGAAGGUCGUUUGAGCAGACACAACUUUUAUUGAUCAGACACUACGCUCUUACAAACAGUGAAGCCACCUAGGAUCAAUGGGUCAACGGAGAAAAGCAUGACAACAAUGCUGCCAGAUAGCGACAGUGUGUGGGCAGGCAUAGAAGAGUUUUCAUUGUACCUAGUAUGCGCAGGACAGCUACAUUGUACGAGGAAAUACUUUUUGCCAUGCGGCCACGCGGAAAAGGGAAUAUUGUGUAAUAGUUGGCAUUCUUGUGGUCGACGACGAAAGCAGUUCUGCUUAAUGGGACACGAGAUAACGGACGGG